UUUCGUCCUUGGGGUGCUCUGUCCUGCGGAAAGCAAUCCGUGUCCAUCUGUCCCAGCUCUGCCCGCCCGCCUCGCAUCUACCCUUCUCUUCUGACUCCGCCCCACAUCUGUCCGGAACCGCCUCCCGCUGAAGCUGACCCAGUGCGCGUCCGCCAGUCAGUCCCUCCGGACCUGCCGCGAGUCUCAGACUGCCGAAAUUACCGCGCGUCACUCGCCUCAACAGUGAUUCUGAAACUGCUUUUAGCUUCCUUCGCCUUGGCUUUCUUCUUUUUGUGAACAGCUGCUUGGCCCAUAGCUUAGAGAAAUCAGCCUUUUUUUCUCUCCCGCGAAAGCCUCCUUCCUGUGCUUAAAAAGAUGGGGAGUGGAGAGCCUAAUCCUGCUGGCAAGAAAAAGAAGUACCUCAAGGCUGCCCUGUACGUGGGUGACUUGGACCCAGAUGUUACUGAGGACAUGUUAUAUAAAAAGUUCAGGCCUGCUGGCCCUCUGCGCUUCACCCGAAUCUGCCGUGACCCUGUGACCCGCAGCCCCCUGGGCUAUGGCUAUGUUAACUUCCGCUUUCCUGCAGAUGCUGAGUGGGCCCUGAAUACCAUGAAUUUUGAUUUGAUUAAUGGCAAACCUUUCCGCCUCAUGUGGUCUCAGCCAGAUGACCGCUUAAGAAAGUCUGGAGUUGGAAAUAUAUUCAUCAAAAACCUGGACAAAUCCAUAGAUAAUAGGGCCCUUUUUUAUUUAUUUUCUGCUUUUGGGAACAUUCUCUCCUGCAAAGUCGUAUGUGAUGACAAUGGCUCUAAGGGUUAUGCCUAUGUGCACUUUGACAGCCUGGCCGCUGCCAAUAGAGCCAUCUGGCAUAUGAAUGGGGUGCGGCUCAACAACCGCCAGGUGUAUGUUGGUAGAUUCAAAUUCCCAGAAGAGAGGGCAGCUGAAGUCAGAACCAAGGAUAGAGCAACUUUCACUAAUGUUUUUGUUAAAAACUUCGGAGAUGACAUGGAUGAUGAAAAACUGAAGGAAAUCUUUAGUGGAUAUGGGCCAACUGAGAGUGUUAAGGUAAUAAGAGAUGCUAGUGGGAAAUCUAAGGGCUUUGGAUUUGUGAGGUAUGAGACGCACGAGGCUGCCCAAAAGGCUGUGUUAGACCUGCAUGGAAAGUCCAUCAAUGGGAAAGUUCUGUACGUAGGGCGAGCACAGAAGAAAAUUGAACGAUUGGCUGAGUUAAGACGAAGAUUUGAACGGCUGAGAUUAAAAGAAAAAAGUCGGCCUCCGGGGGUGCCUAUCUAUAUUAAGAACCUGGAUGAGACCAUCGAUGAUGAAAAACUGAAGGAAGAAUUUUCUUCCUUUGGAUCAAUUAGCCGGGCCAAAGUGAUGGUGGAAGUAGGGCAAGGCAAAGGGUUUGGUGUUGUCUGCUUCUCCUCUUUUGAAGAUGCUACCAAAGCAGUGGAUGAGAUGAAUGGUCGCACAGUGGGCUCCAAGCCCCUGCAUGUCACCCUGGGCCAGGCCAGGCGCAGGUGGUGAGACCUUUUUCAGCUUUUCAAAACAGUCACUGUACAAACUUCAAAUGUGCCCAGGAGAAGAAAAUUAAGAACAUUGCUUUGUGAUUGUAAACCAUCAUAUUAAAAGUUAUUCUGGUGAGACUAUUCUGUACAAAAAACUUCAUAUACUGUUGCCUUUCUGGUUGUAUCUAUGAUUAAGGGUACAAACAAAAUGUUACAUGUUAAGUGAUAUUUUCAGUACAGGGGAAAAUGUAAGAAUACUAUGUGUUUAAGGGAAUAUUUAGGAAUGGUGUGAAUGCCAUCCUACCUAUAAAUAAAUGGCUUUAUUUAAGGAAAUAGUUUAAAAUGCAUCAGUAAAUUACUGAAUAUAGAUGAUAUAUAUGUUCCCAGCAUCUACGUUAAUACCUGGAAUAUAGUUAGCAUUCCAUGGUUGCUUGUUGAAUUAUCCCUCAAUUUGUUUGUUUUUCAAUUGUCUCCUCAGUAUUUCACAGGAGAAAUGAGUUAUUACAGAAUAAGCCAUUUUUUUUAUCAAAUUUCAUCCCAUAAAGAAAUAAUUGAGAGCUGAUUAGUUACAUAGAUUGGCGCUUCUAAUAUGGUGUUACUGGUGACAUAGACUAGUGCUUAUCCUGUUGAGGUGUUAUCAAUACUUUUACACUUCUCAUGAUUUCUUUUUUUAUUAUUGUUCAACAAUUUAUUGAUGAGUUUAUCUUAGACAAAGCUUCUAAUAAUUGACAUAAGUUAAAUGAAAAUAUAUUUGUAUAUAUUUUUUAAAUAAAUUAAUGGGAUGUUGCUUCAAGACCAAGACAAUGUCCACAAGGCCUUGUUCCUACAUUAAAUCAAGUGAUCACAAGAAUCCCUGAAAAACUA